UUAACGCCUCCGACCAGCCGCCGCGAUUCAGCCCCGACGGCCGCUCGACGGCAGCAGGAGUCCCAUCUGCAUGCUCUCCGGCCGGAGAGAGAAAGAUGUGAGGCCUGGUUCAGGCUUGUUGAGUACUUAGUGCGCAGACGAAAAAGACUGAAAAUCGAAGACAAAACAGAAGACUGCAAGAAAAGCACCGGAGGGGCCCCAGCUGGCACGAGGGUCGUGGAGGAGCUCUCGGACAGCACAGAGGUGGUGGAAAUGGAGGACGUGAAUUCCACCCAGUUCCAGGUGGAAAAGCACACGUGGGACGGCCUGCGGAAAAUCGUCCAUAAAACCCACAGAAACGCUUCUCUGGUGGCUCUCAAGGCACCGCAUGACUUCCAGUUUGUUCAGAAAGACGAGGCCAGUCGGCACUCUCACCGCAUCUACUAUCUGGGAAUGACUUUCAGCAGCAUUGAAAACAUGCUAUUCUACUCAGACAUCCCCAAGAAGAUCUGCAAAGACGCCCUGCUGACUCUGAGUUGGAAACCAAUGCUGUCCCACUUUCAGGCCAACCCUCACCAUGGUGUCUUCUCUCUGGAGGAGGAGCUGCUGCGAGAGAGAAAGCGUAUGGGGGUGUUUGGCAUCACCUCGUAUGACCACCACCGAGGCAGCGGCCUCUUCCUAUUUCAGGCCAACAGCAGUCUGUACUACUGCCGUGACGGCGCCAGCAACCGCUUUACUACUUCUCCCCUAAAGCCAAUAGAGAUUAAGAGCCAGUGCUCAGGUGCACGAAUGGACCCCAAAAUCUGCCCUGGGGACCCCAACUUCAUCAGCUUCAUCCACAAUAACGACAUCUGGGUGACCAGUAUCGUCACGGGAGAGGAGAGGAGGCUCACCUUCUGUCAUAAAGGUGUUGGUAACCCAAAAGAAGAUCCCAUAUCUGCAGGUGUUGCCACUUUUGUCACACAAGAGGAGUUUAAUCGCUUCACUGGAUACUGGUGGUCUCCAGCUGCCUGUGAUGACAAUGGUGACGGUAAGACACUGCAGAUUCUGUACGAACAGGUGGACGAGUCUCAGGUGGAGAUCGUCCACGUCCCAUCUUCGACCCUGGAGGAGCGCAAGACGGACAUCUACAGAUACCCACAUGCAGGCAGCACGAAUCCAGGCAUCACUCUCAAAAUAUCAGAAAUCAAGACAGACAACCUUGGCAAAAUUGUCAGCAUACAGGAUAAGGAACUGCCUGUGCCUUUCACCACUCUGUUUCCCAAUGUCGAGUACAUGACCAGAGUCGGCUGGACAAAAGAUGGUCGAUAUGCAUACGCAUUCAUGAUGGACCGACAGCAGCGGCAUCUGCAGCUGGUCAUGCUCCCUCAUGCACUUUUCAUCCCUGCAAACCUGGACAAAGACAAAAGACAAGCAACUCUGGAGGCUCUAGGAGACACGGUCCAGCCCUUCAUCAUCUAUGAAGAAACCAAUGAUAUUUGGAUCAAUGUCCAUGACAUCUUUCAUCCCUUCGUCCAAACCAGUGAGGAUGAAAUGACCUUCAUUAUUGUAAAUGAGACGAGAACUGGCUUCUGUCACCUGUAUAAGAUCACCUCAGCACUGGAGCGAAGCAGAUAUCAGUGGGCCAAAGGCUACACACACACUGAAGGUGAUUUCAGGUGUUCAGUCAAAGAGGAGGUGAUGUUGACGAGUGGCGAGUGGGAGGUGAUGGCCAGUAAUGGGGCAAAGCAAUCCUCAAGUCCUCAGAUUUGGGUGGAUGAAGCAGCCAAGCUGGUUUACUUCCAGGGGACCAAGGACUCUCCUCUGGAGCGCCACCUGUACGUGGUGAGCUACGAGUCGCCUGGUGAAAUCGUCAGGCUCACUAAAGCCGGCUUCUCCCACAACUGCUCCCUGAGCCAGACCUUUGACGUGUUGAUCAGCAAUUACAGCAGCUUGUCCACUUCGCCUUGUGUUCACAUCUACAAGCUGAGCGGCUCGGACAGCGACCCGCUCCACAAGCAGCCCGAGUUCUGGGCCAGCGUUUUGGAGUCGUCUGGCUAUUUAACGGAUGAAGUCUCACAUCCGGAGAUAUUCAGCUUCACAGGAACCUCGGGCUUCAAGCUGUAUGGCAUGUUGUACAAACCGUACAAUCUGGUGCCUGGAAAGAAGCAUCCCACCGUGGUCUUCGUUUACGGUGGUCCUCAGGUGCAGUUGGUAAACAACGCUUACAAAGGAGUGAAGUAUUUGCAGUUAACGACUUUGGCGUCUCUCGGCUAUGUGGUGCUGAUCAUCGAUGGGCGGGGUUCCUGCCAGCGAGGACUCAAGUUUGAAGGAGCUGUGAAAGACAAAAUGGGUAAAGUGGAGAUCAGUGACCAAGUAGAGGGUUUGCUCUACGUGGCAGAGAAGCACCACUUUGUGGAUCUGACUCGCGUCGCCAUCCACGGCUGGUCGUAUGGAGGCUUUCUCUCCCUCAUGGGACUCAUCCACAGACCUGACAUCUUUAAGGUUGCCAUUGCUGGAGCUCCAGUGACACUGUGGAGGGCGUACGACACUGGCUACACAGAGCGGUAUCUGGACACACCUGAAAAGAACCAGAAAGGAUACGACGAUUGCUCUGUUGCUCUGCAUGUUGACAAGCUUCCCAAUGAGCCAAACAGACUGCUGAUCCUGCAUGGCUUUCUGGAUGAAAAUGUGCACUUUUUUCACACCAACUACCUGGUGUAUCAACUCGUCCAAGCAGGAAAGCCGUACAACCUGCAGGUUUAUCCCAACGAACGGCACAGCAUCAGGUGUCCACAGUCUGGGGAGCACUACGAGAUCACGGUGCUGCAAUUCCUCCAGGACAACCUCUGAUGAGCCUUUUGACACACCGACGCUCCCUCCCUCCUCCGUUUGUGCCACACACUCACAUUCCUCCUCUUUUUUUUUUCUGAAAAAAAAAGACAUCUUAUUUUAUUUGAUCUGUAUGGAGUUGUACGAAUCCUUUUGAGCUGCUUCUCAGUGUUAAGUUAAUGCAGCAUUUCAGCACCAGUAGCCUGUGAGCUGAUUUCAGACCAUGGUUCUAAAGUCAUAUUUUUUGGUGCAAUCCUGCAGCAGCAGAUCUGCAGGAAGUUUAAUGACAAGCUGCUCGUUAUAGUCAGGUGUUUAGUGGCCUGAAACAUGUAGAAAUGUGAGAGUCAACACCUUCAGAGUGAAGGAAACCUACACCAGGAGGCGCUAUUCACAAACAUGACUGGAGUUAUUUGUGUUGUAAGGAUGGCAGAAAGUGAAGAUUUAUUUUGUCACAAUUUCAGGUGUGAAAACAUUGUUUUGAAACAUAACCAAAUAAACAACUCCCACGUUCUGUUUUCACUUCUUACAGGUGCCAUUCCUUUAGUUUUGUUUUCUGGAAACAAACUGACUGAACAUCAGUUCAGCCUCUGUGAUUCAAUGAUAAUGUAAACAAUUCCAAGCGUACAAAAGCAAAGGUUAACUUUUUAUUCAAUUCAGCUUUACUUAUAUAGCGCCAGAUACAGCACAGUCACUUCAAGGCACUUUUUCCAGAGAAAACCCAACAGUUCCACAUAAGCAAGCAAAAACUGACUGGAAAGGGGGAAAAAAUUUUUUUUAAAAUGAAUAGACCUUUGCAGAACCAGUCUCAGAAGUGGUGCUUUCUGCUAUUCCAGGUUGGACUGAGGGAAUAGAAAGAAAAGGAAAGGACAGAUUGAUUCUCUGCAUCAGCACAGCAUUGCUCCACUCACUGCAGCUGGAUCCGAGAGAAACUACAGGAGGGAGGGAGUUCAGAGGUUCCUCAGUGUUGCUGGAAAAUAAAAGCAUCGCCAUUAAGAGGCAAUAUAUGUUUAGAUGACUUCUCAGGUGUUUUGAGCCGAAUGUAAUAACUUCUGUUUUAUCUGAAAGUUGAUCAGUGUCAUCUGGCUUCAUAGAUAAGCAGAUCUGUGUAUCAUCUGCAUAACAAUGGAAGUUAAUGGUGUUUCCUGAUGAUGUUCCCUACAGGAAACGUGUAAUAUGAAGAGUAUAGGUUCUAAGACAGAACCCUGUGGAACUCCAUGUUUAACUUUGAUCUGAGCCGAAUCAUUAAUAUUAACGAAGUGGAACCUGUCUGCCAAAUAUGAUUGAAAUCGGUUUAAUGCUGUCUCUUUAAUUUCAACAUAUAUAUAUAUUCUAGUCUCUGUAGUAGGAUAUCAUGAUCAACAGUAUCAAAUGCAGCACUGAGAUCUAACAGGACCGGAACAGAGACCAGUCCUUUAUCUCAGGCUGUGAGAAGAUCAUUAGUGACUUUUACCAGAGCUGUCUCUGUACUGUGAUGAGCUCUGAAACCUGACUGAAAAGAGUCGAAUAGAUCAUUAUUAUAUAAAUGGUCACAAAGCAGGCUUUCAACAGCUUUAAAGGGAAGGUUUGAUAUUAACCUUUAACUUGUUAGAACACCUGGAUCAAGGGUGGGCUUUUUGAGGAGAGGUUUAAUAACAGCAACCUAAAAGGCCUUGUGAACAUAACCUGUUAGAUAAGUUGAUCUAAUCUAAUAUUGAUGUACUGAUCAGGGCAAAUGUCUUUGAACAGUCUCGUUGGGAUUGGAUCUAAUGUGCAAGUUGUAGGUUUAGAUGAGGCCACAAUUGAGGAUAACUCAGAGUUCAGUAGGAUGGAAUCUGGAUAGUUGUGAGUCAGGUUCUACUGACAGAUCCGAAGAUGUGGUUGAUCAGUCUGUGACCACUUUGGGGAGAGUGCUUUCAAUUUUAUCUGUAAUAGUUAUAAUUUUGUCGUUAAAGAACUUUAAAAAAAUCAUUGCUGUUUAAGGUUAAAGGGAUCUGAGGUUUGUUAAAGCUGUGACUUUUUGUCAGCCUGGCUAUAGUGCUAAAGAGAAACCUGGGGUUGUUCUGGUUUUCUUCUAUUAAGGAGGAAUCGUAGGCAGUUCCAGU